UUCUGAUUUCUAAUCCAUAUAACACACGAAGAUGGCUAGGUUUUCAUGGGCUCCCUUUGCCUUCUUCUUCGUCCUCGCUGUUUUCACUUUCGCCAUCCAAACAGUAAAUGCUGGCGGGGAAGGAUCACUUCGCCUCCAAGAUUGUCCGAACGCAUGCAACGUUCGGUGUUCGCAGACACAGUAUAAGAGUGCGUGUUUGGAGUUCUGCAACUACUGUUGUAAGAGGUGUUUGUGUGUUCCUUCGGGCUUUUAUGGCCACACCGGGGAAUGUCCAUGCUACGACAACAUCAAGACCAAGGAAGGCAAAAAUAAAUGUCCUUGAUUUUGUUAAUUA